AGCAGCGACCCUGCUCCUGCUGACACCCGGCCCAGGCAGCGGGCCGCUCCCGGGGGGGCGAGGCCGGCGCUCAGGCAGGGCUCCCUCGGCGCAUGGAGCGGGCGGUGGAGGGCGGCGAGAUGGCGGCGGCGCUGCGGGCCGCAAAGCGGGCGCUGCGCGGGGAGCUGCGGCAGCGGCUGCGGGCGCUGGGCGCGGCGGAGAAGCAGCGCCAGUCCCGCCUGCUCGCUCGCGAGGCGAUUGGCCAUCCCAAGUACCAAGAAUCCAAAAGAAUUGCAAUCUUCCUAAGCAUGCCAGAUGAAAUCCAGACAGAAGAAAUCAUUAAGGACAUUUUUAAGCAAGGCAAGGAGUGUUUCAUCCCACGUUACAAGCCUCACAGCAAUCACAUGGACAUGCUGAAGUUAUCAUCAGCUGAAGACAUUUCAUCACUUACUUUGACAUCCUGGAAUAUUCUUCAGCCUAGUGAUGAUGACAAUGCAAGAGAGGAAGCUCUUGCUGGUGGAGGCCUUGACCUUAUCUUCAUGCCAGGCCUUGGGUUUGACAAAAAAGGCAACAGACUGGGAAGAGGGAAAGGAUAUUAUGACACCUACCUUGAAAGAUGUAUGAAACAUCCCAGUGGAAAGCCUUACACGAUUGCCUUGGCUUUUCGGGAGCAGAUUUGUGAAUCAGUGCCUGUGGCAGAAAAUGAUGUCCAAGUAGAUGAAAUCCUUUAUGAACACUGUUGAAUGUAUCUUGAUUUCAAACCACUUCUAGAGGGACCAGCCAAAGAUAUCAGAUCCAUCAGUCAUGGCUUUUCAGUAGUCAUGUAGAUGAUUCUGGGAGCAAUGAACACACUACUGAACAAAAGAAAAACAAAACAACAUUUAAAAUGUGGUAAUACUAGUGAGGAUUGCGUUGAUUUCCAUCUAAUUAUGAAGUAUCUGGUGUAGUUCUUAUUCUAGAAUUAAUAGAAACAAGAAUGUGUGGCUGUUUAUUACAGUAAGGACCAUUUCUGCUCAUCAUACUUUUGAGGAACAAAUUACUUGAUACUUACCAGUUUUAUUAUUCCAGUUUAAAGGUGAACUGUCUACUAAUGACUGUUCUUGAUCCAUUCUGGAAUUAUACUUAUUAUGGUAAAAGUUCUUAGUACUUAGGUCUUAUGUGCAUCCAUGAACAAAAUAAGAAACUGACAGAAAAGUCCUAUAGUAAACUGGGCAAAAAAUGGUGAUUGGAAGAAAGCCUUAAUUGGUUUUAGUGUGGACAAUAACUCUGACUGUUUACUUGGCCCCUUAUUGUCUUAAAAUAAAGAAGAAUUAAGAAAUUGUCUUAAAAUAAAGAGAGUAUCUGUUAAUAAAAAAAGCUUCGUUUAUGUC